GCCAUUGUGCAUCACAUCGCAGAGCAGUUAACGGGCCCUGGGCAACUCCACGGAUACCGUAUGAUGACAGAGAGAUGUAGAUUAGCUGGAUUAAGAGUCACUAGAGAUCUUGUAUAUGAAAUACAAUCAACUUUGGACCCAGAAGGCAUUCAGCUAAGGAGACGCAGGAGACUGCGAAGAAGGCAUUACCGUGUCCCGGGACCAAAUUACCUUUGGCACAUGGACAGCUAUGAUAAGCUCACACCUUUUGGUAUCGCAGUGAACGGAUGCGUGGAUGGCUUCUCACGCCAUAUCAUCUGGAUGCAAGCGAACGUCACUAACAGUAAACCUGAAGUUGUCGCAGGUUACUUUAUUAGUGCUGUCAUUGAGUUGGGGGGCUGCCCAAAAAUAAUCAGAUCCGAUCUCGGUACUGAAAAUGUGCACGUUAACAGACUACAGCGUUUUCUACGUGAGGAUGAAAACGGCACACUUUCUGAACCUGCUAUUCUUCAAGGAAGAAGUACUGCAAAUCAGAGGAUUGAAUGGUGGUGGGGAUUCUAUCGGAGGCAAAAUGUGGACUACUGGAGAGAUUUGUUUCUAGAGUUUCAGUCAGUGGGAGACUUCAAUGGUGACGUGGUUGACAAAGGUCUCAUUCAGUUCUGCUUUCUUGACGUCAUUCAGAGGGAGAUAGAUACUGUGGUCAGAAUGUGGAACAACCAUCGGAUCAGGCCAGGUGGGAGUGGUCGUGAUUUAUUUCACGGCAGACCUUUUCUCAUGUACCAAGCACCAGAACUUUACCAAGCACAGGACUACCUCCAUCCAGUUGACUAUGACAGACUUGAUAUAAUUGUAGAAGAGGGUGUUUGCAUUUGGAAAACUGGUAUUCCCUGUGAUCCAGAUCUUCAUGAACUCUGUGUUUUGCUAAUGGAGGAACACCAUCUUGAAGCUAGUUAUACUGCUGUUGAGGCUACUAGGCUGUACAGAGAACUUAGGCCUUUGGUAAGAGAAAUAUUGUCAGAACCAGAAUAGUCAGAACCCCCUGAUGUACUCACACCAACAUAUGUAAUAAUAUGUCCAUAAAGGAUCUUAUACUCACUGUUUUAUUUAUGUCUGUUUCUUUUGAGUGUGUAUGUUUCCUUUAGACUUUUUGGCUUGUUUGUUUUGCUACUAUGGUUUAACCUUUUCUAUUGAUAGAUUUCAGGUAAAUGACCUAACCUUGAAAUUUUUGUUGUGCUGAACUUAAGUGUAGUGUAUUUUGGGAAAGCUGAAACGUGAAGCAGGACCUCAGAAUGAUUUGUAUAGCCAGCCUGUUUGCAGGUUCAAGUAACUUUUAGGAAUCAAACUUGGCUUGUGUGAUAACUGUGGUAGUGGAAUGAAAGCCAGGUGUAAAUGUUUAUUUGAGU